AUGGGAUCUGUUUACCAGAUUCCUGUGUUGAUCAGCUUACUGGUUUGUUCUUGCUCAUUCCUAAGUGUGAGAAGCACAUAUCCUCUGGACCUAACACUAGGUUUCACUGAACUCCCUCUCAACACAUCCAACUUUAAAUAUCACAAGCCUUAUAACUUACCCGUGAACUCAAGGUACAGAUUCCACAACGGAGUACACAAAUUUUGGGUAUACUCUACUGACCAACCUCUCAGCAAAAUUAGCCCUACCAAUCCUCGAUCCGAAAUCCGAAUCCAUGGUUAUGAUUAUUCUUCAGGGGUGUGGCAGUUUGACGGGCAUGGAUACAUACCUAGAGGUACUUCAGGCUUUUGCAUCAUGCAAGUGUUUGGGGCACACCGUAAUCGUGCAACAACUUUGAUGAUUUUGACGUUCGAUGGUUCUCUUGCGUAUUACAGGAGGCCAUUGCUUGUUCCAUAUAUCUGGGACAGAUGGUUCCAAUUAAAUGUGAUCCAUGAUGUGGAAGCUUCCAUUGUUAGGGUUUAUAUAGAUAGGGUUCUGGUUUACGAAGCUCCAGGCCAGGGAGGUGACUCGCAUUACUUCAAAUUUGGAGUUUAUUCACAGGACGAUUCUUCUUACUACAUGGAGUCUCGUUGGAAGGGAAUUAGAGUUCUUCAUAAGGCCACGUAA